GUGAUGAUCGCCGGUGCCUGCCAGGAUUCCAGCUCGACUACUGGUGCAGGGCGGUAGUGCUCGGCCCUCCUAACCUGCAGCUGAUCAGUGACGAUACUGAAUGUGAACAAGAAUUCUCAGGCAUAAGACUGAAGACUAUGCACUCAGUAAUGUGUACCGCAGAGGUGGUGAUGAUGGCAGUAAUAGAGGUGAUGAUGAUUAUGAUGGUGGCGAGAGACUUCAGUGUGAAUGCUCAGGCGCCGACCUCCCUCCCUCCUAUCGACCUGGUACACCAAGUCGUCCUGGACCAAACAGGGAAAUACGUCAUGCGGUGGACGCCCCGUGACAACGACAUUAUCAUCGAGGUUCAGGUGGCGACGACUGGGUACGUGGGCCUCGGGUUCUCUCCCAAUGGUGGUAUGAAAGGCGCCGACAUAGUGUUAGGCUGGGUGGACGAAUCUGGCGAGGUCUUCCUGAAUGACCGAUACUCCAACGGGUAUGAGCCACCAAGUGUGGACGAGUCUCAGGACGUGGAGCUGCUAGGAGGGUACCAGAAUGACACCCACACAGUCCUGAGGUUCUCCCGCUCGUGGAACACCUGCGACCAUGGCUCUGACUAUCAGCUUUCAGGCGACACAGUAAGAGUGAUCUGGGCCUACGACGAUGAGGAUCCAUUUAAUAUGACAAGUAUGCAGCAGCACAAGUUCGAUCACCGAGGGACGAAGAGUCUCUACUUACAGGAACCUCCGCUAAUUCGCACAAACUUCAAUGAGGAUGUGAAGACGUGGGAUAUUCUUUCUUCUAACGUGAGUAUUCCAAGCAACCUUAAAACUCUGUACUGGUGCAAAAUUUUCAAGAUACCUUCACUGACCCGCAAGAAUCAAGUCAUUGGAUAUGUUCCAGUGAUCGAGGAAAGAAACUUAGCACAUGUCCACCACAUCCUGCUGUACGAGUGUCACCUUCCUGACAGUGGUCGUCAUUAUGAGAAGUGGCUGGAUAUUGAUGGUAGACAGUGCUAUGGACCCAAUAUGCCCGUCUCUUGGACUUAUUGCUCUUCCACCUUCGUUGCUUGGGGCAUUGGUGGUGAAGGUCAGAUUUACCCAGACAAUGUAGGUCUGCCAAUGGGUGAAGAACAUGGUGGAUCAACCUACAUCUUGAUGGAGGUGCAUUAUGAUAAUCCUGAGCUUAAACCAGAUAUCGUUGACUCCUCUGGUGUGCGCAUCUACUACACUGACCGCCUGCGGCAAUAUGACGCCGGGAUCUUAAUGGCUGGACAUUCAAUCACCCCAAUGCAAAUCAUUCCACCCAACAGAAAGUGGCUUUCUAUUGGCCACUGCACUGGCUCCUGUACGCAGAAGGAGUUUCCAGAGGGAGGAAUACGGGUGUUCGAGGGUAUCCUGCACUCUCACCUGCUGGGAUCUGCACUAAAACUCAGACACAUACGCGACAACAAAGAGCUUCCUUUCAUCGCAAAGGACAUGUCCUACGAUUUCAACUACCAGCAGUCGAGGAUAUUUAAGGAUGAAGUGAUCAUUUUGCCUGGGGACUCCCUCAUCACAGAGUGUACUUACGAUGCCACCAGAAAGCCCAAAGUCACAUUUGGUGGUUUUGGUACAGAAGAAGAGAUGUGUUUGAGCUUCCUGGGAUAUUAUCCUCGUAUCAACUUAUCUAUUUGUACAUCAGCACCACGACUUGAGAACAUCAUGAAUGGUUUAGGAAUACAAGAUAUAUAUACUGAGAAAUUGCCAGGGAAGACCUUAGAGAGCAGAGCUGACGUCAACGAGCAGAAGGAGAUGGAACUGGCCCAAGCUAUACGAAGUGGCAAUGAUUCAUCAGAAAUGAAACCCGUUCUAAUUUCACGAUUCCUCAUGGGAGUGAUUGUCAAGUCCCCUGAAAAAUACCUCAACACAUCACUUUAUGCCAUCCUAAAUGAUGAAAUGAUUUGGAAAGACGAGCAGCUGGUGGCACAACUACAGAAGGAGAUUGUGGAUGGUAACCACAACUCCAAGUGUCGCUCUCGAAAUGCUGUGAAAAUGCGUGGAGUCACCACGGAGAUCCCCUAUCCGGACUUUACACCUCUUGAGCCCAUUGUGGAGGCGUGCGGUGCCGACCGGCGAAGCCAAGACCAGUCAGGGUCCACUGCCGGUAGCCUACCACUCAUGGACUUCACACAUCGGGUGAUGUUGGACCAGUCUGGCAACUACUUCAUGUUGUGGACACCACUAGAAAGUAAUAUUACUAUUGAAGUUCAGGUGGCAACAACGGGUUACGUGGGUCUUGGGUUCUCCCCCAAUGGUGGAAUGAAGGGCGCCGACAUAGUGAUGGGCUGGGUGGACAAUUCAGGCAACGUCUUCCUUCAUGACCGAUACUCCAACGGGUAUGAGCCACCAAGUGUGGACGAGUCUCAGGACGCGGAGCUGCUAGGUGGGUACCAGAAUGACACCCACACAGUCCUGAGAUUCUCCCGCUCGUGGAACACCUGCGACCAUGGCUCUGACUAUCAGCUUUCAGGUGACACAGUGAGAGUUAUCUGGGCCUACAACAACGAGGAUCCAGUUGAUAAGACAAGCAUGAAGCGGCAUGAAUAUGAUCAGCGAGGGACAAAGAGCCUCUACUUACAGGAACCUCAGUUCAUUUUACCAUCUUUCAGUGAGGAUGUGAAGAUGUGGGAUCUUUUUUCUCCUAAUGUAAGCCUUCCUGGUAACCUUGAUACUCUGUACUGGUGCAAACUUUUUAAGAUGCCUCCCUUGACCAGUAAAAAUAAUAUCAUUGGGUAUGCUUCAGUGAUUGAGGAGAAGAACUUGGCACAUGUCCACCACAUCGUAGUGUACGAGUGUCACAUUCCUGACAGUGCUCGUCACUUUGAGAAGUGGCUGGACCUUGAGGGCAACCAGUGCUUUUCACCCAACAUGCCAGUUUCUUGGAAAUACUGCAGAACUCCUAUCUUCGGUUGGGCUAUUGGUAGUGAAGGUGAGAUGUUUCCGGAUCAUGUGGGCUUUCCAAUUGGGGAGGAACAUGGAGGAGCCACCUACUACAUGAUGGAAACUCAUUAUGAUAAUCCCUCCCAACAAGAAGGUAUUGUUGAUGCAUCAGGGAUUCGCAUCUUCUACACGGACCGCCUGCGUAAAUAUGAUGCUGGGACAAUAAUGUUUGGGCAUUCUGUAUCGCCACUGCACAUAAUUCCUCCCAAUCAAAAGUGGCUUAGUAUUGGCCACUGUCACAGUUCCUGCACAGAGAAGGAAUUGCCAGAAAAUGGAAUACACUUGAUUCAAGGACUGCCCCAUGCCCACUUGUUAGGCAGUUCUAUCUCACUGAGACACAUUCGUGAUGGUCAAGAACUUCCUAGAAUUUUGACAGACAAGACCUACGAUUUCAACUUCCAGUCUACAAGAAUAUUAAAGGAGGAAGUCACCAUACUGCCUGGGGACUCCCUCAUUACUGAGUGCGGGUUUGAUGCCACCAGACGUUCUCGACCCACUUUUGGUGGUUUCGGUACACAAGAAGAGAUGUGUUUGACCUUCCUGACGUAUUAUCCUCGUGUCAAUUUGUCCAUAUGUUCAUCAGCGCCACCAAUGGAGAGCAUCCUUCAAGGGGUUGGAAUACAAGAAGUAUACAAUUCUGAACAGAUGCACGAGUAUUUUAGUGAAAUCCUGGAGGUAGACGAAGAGAAGGAAACAGAGCUGGCCCAGGCCAUGCGGAGUGGAAACGUUACAUCAGAAAUGGAGCCCAUUGUGUUAGCAGAAUUGCUUCACUUGGUAACUGUCAAAGCCCCAGAAAAAUACUUGAACAUGUCCUUACUUGAGAUUCUGAAUGAUGAGGCAACGUGGCAAGAUGAUAAGAUGUUGGCAGAAUUCCAGGACAGGGUUGUGACAGGCAACCACACGGCUCUAUGUUACAUUCGACAGAAAAACGGAUCGAUUGCGAACGUCUUGAUGUCUUACCCAGACUUUACACCACUUGAGCCCACUGUUGAAGUGUGUGAUGCUGACCAGCAAGUGCCAACUAUUCCCAUGUCGUCUGCCGAAAACCCUGGGUCAGCCACCUCUGUGUCGUCUGCUGGGGACCCAGGGUCAACUACCUCUGUGUCAUCUGCUGGGGACCCAGGGUCAACUACCUCUGUGUCGUCUGCUGGGGACCCAGGGUCAACUACCUCUGUGUCAUCUGCUGGGGACCCAGGGUCAACUACCUCUGUGUCGUCUGCUGGGGACCCAGGGUCAACCACCUCUGUGUCGCCCAGUGAAAACGCAGUUGCCAACACCAUCCCACUGAAGCCACUUCCCUGCCCAUUCAUUGUUGCUUCUUGCAAAAAUCGUCGCAAACCUUUUACCCAACUUGGUAACCGACCUCACUUCUACUAGUGCAGAAUGCCACUUAUAGUGUUACUUAUGAUCAGACAUUAGAAACUUGAGCUUUACAGUGAUAAAGCACUGGUAGUGGUUUUAGUAAAGCUAUACUCUUUAUUGUUUUGAGUGAAGCUCUUAAUGAUAAACCACACACACAAAAAUAGUGUGAGUGAUUUGUUUAAUUUUUUACUAUUUGAUUACAAAAUUAUUGAAUCAAUUCACAAUAUGUACAAUUUAUCUUACGUAACCGAAUUAUGAAUAUUUCACAUGCAUGCAUCAGGCACAGAGGAUAACUUUGGUAGCGUGUCAAAUCUUCUUUACAAGUUUUCACAAAUUCCUUUAAGCAAUAAAAAAUGCAACCUAU